AUGUUAGAAUACCUGUUGUCGGAAGACAUGAAGAUGCUGGAAGACGUGGAGAUGCUGGAAGAUGCAGAGAUGCUGGAAGACGAGCAGAUGCUGGAAGCCCUGGAGAUGCUGGAAGCUAUGGAUUUGUUGGAAGACAUGGCUUAGUUGGAAGACAUGGCUUUGUUGGAAGACAUGAAUUUUCUGGAAGACACAGUUUUGUUGGAAGACGUGGGCAGGCUGGAAGACAUGGAUUUGAUGGAAGACGUGGCUUUGCUGGAAGACAUGGAUUUCCUGGAAGAGGAAGACAUAAACUUUCCGGAAGCCACAGAUUUGAUGGAAGACCUGGAUUUUCUGGAAGACGUGGAUAGUCUGGAAGACCUGAGGUCAUUGGAAGACGUGGAUUUUCUGGAAGACAUGGAUUUUCAGGAAGACCCGAAUUGUCCGGAAGACCUGGAUUGUUGGAAGAUGGACACCUGGAGGUUACUGGAAGACAUGAAUUUUCUGGAAGACGUGGCUUUAUUGGAAGACCUGGAUUUGCUGGAAGACCUGGAGGUUUUGGGAAGACCUGGAUUUUUCCGGAAGAUGUGGAUUGACUGGAAGAUUUGGAUUUGGUGGAAGACAUAUUUUUCUGGAAGACAUGAACUGACUGGAAGACCUGGAUUUCUUUCGGAAGACAUAGGCUGA